AGCCGGCGGGCAGCUGCCUGGGCGACCAUGUUUGGCGGGCUGCGAGGGGACAGGCAUCCGGUACCGGAGUUUUAUUCCCGGAGAAGGCGGUGGGACGGGCAGGCCGCUUCCCUGCCGGAGCAGUUGGGAUUGCGAUUGGGGAUGUGGUACUGGAAAGAUGAAACCAGAACUCUUGAAUUCAGAAGUUUUACACCUGCAAUAGAACUGAAGGAGAAAGGAAAGAAAGGCAAAGCAAUACACUUUGCUGAAACUGACGGUCCCGCUUCAGACAGGUUGACAGAUAAAAAGUUUGCUUCAAGAGACGAUAAGUCACCUAAAGCCUUAGAGAAACGAGGUCAGCAGGGCAACGUGACACUACAUGAUGCUAAAUUUGUUGCUUUGUUUUUGCUACAAGAUACUGAGAUGCAGCGGAUCUGUUCUUUUACAACAUUUAUGAGGAAUAAAAAUCUUGACAAUUUCCUCAUGGCAUUGUUGUACUAUUUAUCUCAUUACUUGGAAAAAAACUCACUGGAAAAGAAACCCCAAAGCUAUAUGGUGGAGAAAAUAUCAGAUACACAGAAAGACUGGAAAUUCUUUGAGUCCUUUUAUACUUUCUGUACAUACGUAGCUUGGAUUGUCUUCCGACGUCAACACUUCACAGAGAUUGAGGAAGAAAUAGGGAGGCUCUUUCGUACCAAUAUGUUCAACAUUCCUCGGAGGAAGCGUGAGGAUGAAGAAUCAGGAGGGGAAAAGAAACGCAUGACUUUUGUACAAUUUAGGAGAAUGAUGGCAGAACGCCCAGCGAUUAAAAAAGCCAUCAACAUGCGCUCUCCAGUCAUGUCUACUCUGCUGCCAUCUCUCAGAGAAAAAGCUCAGAAUGUCUUUGAGAAAAAGAAUCAUCAAGGAGGCAUCAGACUCCCAGCCCCGAUGCAAGAGCACAUGGACAGUCUGGGCUCUGUGCCCAUGCCCACAGUUGGCAUCUUGGGGGAGCCUCGAUGUCUCUUCAACCCCCAUACCCUUCUGCCCCUUGAACCAGAAGAAAACACGAAACCGGAUGGGAGACAUUCUUCCCUGAUAGAAAGAAAUAACAUGAAGAUCCAGGAUACACUGAACUUAGUCAUGAGAACACUGUCCUCUCAAACAACAUUCCCUAAAUAAUCGGGUACAUUCCAUUUCUGUAAUUAAGUCCCUGUAUUUGAAGUAAACUACUUUGACUUAAUCACUUUA